AUGGCUGAAGGCGGUCUCCCUCCGGAACUGGACUUACACCUACAGAAAUGUUCAAUCUGCCUGGAGAAACUUCAACAACCCAAGUCCUUACCAUGUCUCCACUCCUUCUAUCAGGAUUGUCUCGGGACGUAUAUCACCAAGGAACUGACCGGGAAAAUGGCGUCAGCAACAUCUUUCCCUUGUCCAGUAUGUAGGAGAAUGACGUCUCCUGUUCACCAAAGAGAAACCAAGGAUAAAUGGGCAGAGCAGUUCCCGACUAAUAAUGUGAUCCAGGACCUUAUCCAGCUCAGAGAACGUUCAUCUGAACCAUUGUGCUGCAAACCCUGUCAGACAAAAGGUAACCUGAACAUUCCAGCAAAAUUCUGGUGUAAUUCGAUGAACGAUAAUUUUUGCGAGACUUGUAAGGUUGAACUACAUGAUGUCAUACAUACUGACUGCGGCAUAGUCGAUUUCACCAUGAACAAAAACAACCGAUUUCAACCUAAAAAAUCUGCCCCUCGAUGUGACCGACACGGCAAGAAAAUAGUUUGGUAUUGUGAGGACCACCAACUUCUGUGCUGCAACAUAUGUUUUUUUAAAGACCACAGGCGUUGUGAAGAGGUUUCAACAGUGAAAGAAUAUUUUCUAAAACUAAAAGCGGGAACAAAACUAAAUGAAAUGCGGGCGGUGCUCAAAAAAGGGGGAGACGUCAUGGAUACAUUAGUGAAGGACUUUGAAGAACAACUCAAAACCAUGACACAGAACCAAGAAACUGCACUGCAGAGUAUCUCAGAUCUACGUAAAAAGGUCGACAAACGAUUGAACAAGCUCCAGAAAGACAUCACCGACAAGUUGACCAUGCUGUUCAAAGAAGAGAAAGGGAAGAAGGAGGCAUCAUUACGACAGUGUGAACGCCUGAUGUAUGGGAUGCUCAAUACCCUGAGGUCGUCCAAUAAAGCCGUAGAGGAAAACGACCACAUCGACACGAUAGUUUUGUAUCAGAGAGGUAAGGCAGAAGUGGAGUCGUGUAUGACCCUGAUCACGGAGUUUAGCAAGUCAUUCACGUCCGUCAGCAUCGAGCAUCAAAUUGUCUCUGGACAUGAUAUCAUUAGUGAUAACGGUAUGGGAAAGAUCGUCGUCGCCAAAGAAUCACGAUGCAUCCCUUGUCAACGGUGUGAUAUUACGCCCCCCUUGUCAGAACGUCGUGUGAAAGAAAUUGGAAGGUUCAAUAUCAAGUCCCCGUCAGAUUAA